AAUACCUAAAGAGGCUAUUUAGCGAAACAAUUCCGUGUUGCAUAAGUGGGGCGCUUGGACCCAUCGCUGUGCCGUAACGUCAGCUGGAAGAUGGAGCGAGACGGGAGGCUGGGCGACGGCAGCCCUCCUAUUUUUCCCUGGCAACGCAAUCCCGUCCCUUCUGCUCGCCGGCCUCAACAUCGCGCGCAUCCAACGGCGGAGCAACCAUAGCAUAGGGCUAGCACCACCAUGUCCACACAUUGACGACCCAUUACCAGCCUCGCACCACAUUCGUUGAACCCAUCCCACCUUCGUUCAGUUUUUCAGUCGUUUGUAUUCGAUUCAGCCUUUUCGCCAUCCGCCAUCGCCAUCCAUAACCAUCUCCACCCAGCCUUCAACAUCCUUCGUCGCAACAGAGUUACCUUAGCCAUCACAUUCCGACCGUCGCCCAUCGCAACCACUCCCAACCCCUCCAUCCCCACCCUCCGCCUUGAAAUCCUCGAAUAUCCACAGAUUGAACACGCUCCUCUCCUUCUCCUGAAUCAUCGCCUCCAACCUUAUCGAAUCUCCCUCCGUUGUGGCCCUCACCGGCCCCCUCCAUCACCCGGGAUGACUAUUGGGGACUUCACCAGCAUCUGCCGCAUGGCACCGCUGCCACUAUGCUCCUCAGUCGGCCCAAUAACCUCCAUCGCAAGCGGCGUGGGCAUCGAACCUGACUGUUUCUCACGGAAUAUUGAGCUGGCAAAUACCAUCAUUUUCCAAGGCGCCGCCAGCGCCAUGCACAUUGUUGCCUUGAUCAUGACUGUAACCAUGAUCCUGCACGUUCGGGGAAAAUUCACGGCAGUUGGUCGGAAAGAAAUUACGAGCUUCUUCUACCUCUACAUGCUCCUCACCUUCCUCUCCCUCUGCAUUGACGCGGGUGUGAUACCCCCAGGAUCGGCACCGUACCCCUACUUCGUCGCUGUUCAGGCCGGUCUCACGUCGGCUUUGGUGACAUGUCUCUUGAUCAAUGGCUUCGUCGGAUUUCAAUUAUACGAGGAUGGGACACCGCUCUCGCUCUGGAUGAUGCGCCUCUGCUCUGCCGCUGCCUUUGUCAUCUCGUUCCUGGUGGCGCUCGCAACUUUCAUGACGUGGGCUGGUCUUGGUCCCACCAACACCAUCGGCUUGUUUGUGGUGCUCUACCUUCUCAACGCCAUCCAACUCUUCGUCUACGUGGUUCUGCAAAUCAUUCUCGUCACUCGGACGCUUCAGGACCGGUGGCCCCUGGGCGAUAUUGCGUUUGGCGUCUUCUUCUUCGUCAUUGGCCAGGUCAUUCUCUAUGCCUUCAGUAGGCCGAUUUGCAAUUCUGUCAGUCACUAUAUGGAUGGACUGUUCUUUGCGACAACGUGCAAUCUUUUGGCGGUCAUGAUGGUGUACAAGUAUUGGGAUUCCAUCACUAAGGAAGACCUGGAGUUCUCGGUGGGCACGAGAAUGAACAACUGGGAGGUCAAGGAGUUGAUGGGACCCUCGCCCGAAGACGACCUGCAGCAACGUCGGGCCACACAAAUUUACCACGACGAUCCAUAUGGCCAGUCGAGUGCCUAUGAUUCUCAUCCGAACCAGCACUAUUCGUCUAGUCCGAACAGGCUCUCCCGGUACCAAUAGAGGUAGAUGCCUUGGGCGCAGGGAGAUGGGGGUGUUUCUUGUCCUACAAAGGUCUCUAGCGAAUGUUGAAGCAUGGGGGAAUAAUCCGCAUAGCACUGAAGAUCAACAGUCUGGGUUUGGGGACGUUGGUUGGUUGGUUGGUCUUUGUGUUUGCUCCUUGUCAAAAAUGAAGCCUCGAAUGCAAUGUCCCCUUUUCUUUUGUUUUUGUAUUUGCUGCAAAGAGUUGCCUUGGCAUCAGCGUGUUGGCUUUUUUUGUGAAGGUUCUUUUCCAGUCUUGGGGCGUUACUAUACAGCGGGACAUGAUAUUUCUUUGAGCAUGGAUGAGGGGAAGGCGACUUACACUAAUAGCUACGUGGUUGUGUUGGCAGAGCAUCAUUUGUUCCUGCAUAGCUUGUUCUCUGUAUAUGCAUCAAACUUAUCUACCUGCCUACCUUAAUUUUCACGAGUUUGACCA